AUGCGCGUCCGUGGAUUUCACCCCUUUGAGCCUGUUUCUCCAGCCGUCCCCGAUGACAUACUUUGGCAAGGCUGGAUUUUGUCAAAAGAAGUGUUCGACGAUGCCUCAGGUUCUUUCAAGCGCGAUGGGCCACCACGCAGUGACAAGGACAGAUGUGUGGACUCGGAAACACAGCUCAAGCCGGUUCACCCUAGUACGACGACGGCACCUUCUGGUCAACGUACACUUGCGCUGAAUGAAGACGUCAUUGCUGACAUCCUUGCGGCGACGCGCCCCAGUCCGUCGUGGAAGGCCUGCGUGCUUGAGGGAACGAACUGGGCUGGCACGGCGAAAGAAAACAUCGAGAAAUAUACUUCUUCUAUUGGUGCACAAGAUGAUUGA